AUGACAAGCAAACGUCAAUAUUCCAUUGGAGGAAAUUCUAAUUAUAUGGAGGACUCUUCCACAAAUUCGCCUCUUACUAAAAAACAACAAUUACUUAAUUCUAUUUCAUCAUUGAAUUUUGAAAAUCUUACUACCAUUCCAUCCGACCCAAAUAUUCCUGAAUUUGCCAAAUCAUUACUUGAACAACAGCAAUUAAUUAUUAAACAAUUGUCUGGUUUAUUAAAAAUUGCUUCUGAGCUUAUUUGUGAAAAAACUGAACCAACUGCACCUUCCAUGGAACAACAAAAUCAUCUUUUAGUUAUUACUGGUCUUGCUGAAAGUAAUGAAGAACGUCCGAUCGACAGGGCCACUUCAGACAAAAACAACGUUUUGGAAAUAUUUAAUGAACUGGAAAUCGACCGCUGUCUCCCCACCUCUAUUUUCAGAAUGGGAAGACAGCGGCCACCUAAUUCAAAACCACGGCCCCUCAAAGUCAUCAUGCCCUGCUCUGCUGCAGCAACUGAAGCCAUUAAAAACAAAAAAAAACUUGCUGGUGGGAAAUUCAAAAAUGUUAUUAUAAGAAGAAGUCUUACAAAGGAGGAACUGGAAGAAAGGGCUUCUUUGAUUGAAAGAUGCAAAAUUAAAAGAAAAGAUACAGGUUUUGACUUUAUAAUCUAUGCAGGUCAGAUUAUAUUGCGUUCAGAAGUACAUAUUUUUAAAAAAACUUUAUCAAAAAACCACUAA